AAGUCUCACGUUCUGAUUGCAUGUAACCGCCAGUGCGCUGCCCCGCCCUGCUCUGACUCCUCCAUCGCUGGUCAGUGGCUUCGCCUGCCGGAUUCUCCCGGGAUACCUUUCGGUAAUGGCUCCUCUCGCGGCUCUCUUCGCCCGCCGAUUGGUCCAGUCAAUCCAUCAUCAGUCGAGGAUUCUCAGUCACCCGUGCCUCCUCUCUCUUCGCCCGAGCUGCUCUGGAGCUCAGUGGCUCGGCUUCAGCACUGAGGCGUCCCGGGCCCAUUUCGGCGGAGGCAGCGCGUACGAGCUCCUCGGAGUCUCCCAGACCAGCUCGUUCGCGGAGAUCAAGGCCUCGUUCCGUAAAUUGGCCAAGGAGACUCACCCCGAUCUCGCUGAGCCUAAAGAUUCCGGCGCUUCUCAGCGGUUUAUUCAGAUUCUCGCAGCUUACGAGAUUCUCUCCGAUGUGAACAGAAGGGCUCAUUAUGAUAGGUAUCUCUUAUCUCAAAAGAAGCUCGUGCAGAAAAUCUCGAGAGAGGGUUCGGUUUUGUACUCUUAUAGAUCAUUUACAACAGCCAUGGAAGUUGUGGAAUGGCUAAAGUGGUACAGAUGUUCUAUAAACGAUAUUGUGUCGGAGAAGAAGGUGGUCACUGGAACUGGCUAUUUCGACGUGCUGGAGGGGGAUUUUUAUUCUGCAAUACAUGCAGCAUACUAUGGUCCUGAAAUCGAGUCCAUGGACUUACUUCCUGACUGCUUUGAAGCUGAGGAGAGAUCUGUAUAUGAUAACACGGAGGUGUUACACUUGGUUUCUGGUCGAGAUCUUUUCGGGAUGGUCUGUCUUGUCAAUGAUAUUCCUGAACUGUCCUUCACAUGCCAUCACAAAUUGACCGCUCCUCGUUCACAUGGUCUCAAGGUGCGUCAACACAGGGAAAAUGCCAGUAUUUGCAUGAGCUGCGAUGUAUCAGCUAAUGAUAAUACUGCAACUCUCCCGAGAUCUAGCAUCACAGAUUACACAUCUGAUGCAUAUAGAGAUUUGGAGUUGCACAUAUCUGGAUUAUUAGUGGCCACAGCAACCAGACUGCCUCCAGAGAGCAGUUGUAAUGGGAUACGGAAUGACAGCACUGAUGAUCAGAUCCACGUUUUUCUUAAUUCAUCUGAAGAUUGCACACAUGUUGGCCGAGAGUGGUCUUCCUCCAUUUGCAGCACAAAUGGGUCAAGAACUCUCCUGGGAACUAUAAGUGGACUAGGGACCAGCCAAGAAGAAGGUUCCUGUUUUGUGUAUGAUAGAACUGGUGCAAAAACUCACGUGGUUAUGAAGCACCGCACCUUUCUGGUAAAGCAUCUGCAUUGGUACCGCUUAGGGGGUGAGGUUUCUAUUUGUGAGUGUAGAAGUACUAGAGCCCGGCUACCUCCUAGCAAGUUUUGGUUGUUUGAACCUCGAUGUGGCAUGCAUGAUAUAGGUGGUUGGUACGUUGAAACAUUUGGAAGAGAUGAAAAGAACAGGACAGUGCCAUCCCGGAGGUUUUGGGAUGGAUCUGAUGAAAGUGAGCAAUUUGACCAGAGGCUCCAUCCAGCUAUAUAUCUGCUUGCUCUGGCUUAUAGAACUCUUGAUAUUGAAGCUGCCAGAAGAAAGAAAGCAACUUUAAGGGAUGUUGUGGAAGGAAGACUCCUGAGAGUCCUCAGUUGGUGCAAGAGAGUUGUUUGAAAGGACACCUUCGGACUUUCUUCACUUUGUCUUCAGAUUCACCUUCUUCAAUGGGAGAAAAAGAAUCCGCGAAAUUACUGUCUAAGGGAUGCAGUUGGCAUUGCAAACUCGGCUCCUUAUCCCAAGGAACUUCCUCUAAGAGAAGUUGGGAGACAUACUAACAGACCCUCAAAUACCCUGGAGUGUUUUGACUUUAUUGGAGUAGUUUACUCAUCAAGAGAACAAGGAGUGAGGAAGAAGGAUAUCUAGCUUUGAAUUGCAAGUGGUGAAUUUGCUUUUAUCAGGAGCCAUGAUCCUUUCGUCCGGAGCAAAAUGGAGAUGAAGCUUAUCCCAACAGAUGAUCUAUUUUGAGUUCCCAUUCUCAUCUUGGUGCUGGUGGAAUUGCUAUACUCGAGAUGCAUACGCCGCUGGUGAGCUCUUCUUUUCUCAUCUAUUUAUUUCGAUUUUUAAAUAAUGGAAGUAAUUUGAUUUGUAUAUUUCUUGACAAUUCCAUUUCAGUUUUUUAAUUGAAUUGUGUUUUUUUAACCCCUUUUAUUUAUUAUGCUGAGAAAGGUUCAGGUCUUGCUUUUCCCUUCUCGCAACUUCUGAGGUUUCUCUCGUUUUAGAUGUCUUUCACUGGAAAUUUGGGUUCAUAGGAAAUAAUGUGGUUUAGUGCCACCUAUAGUAUCUUGCUUCUACCUAUAGUAUCUGCUUCUCAUACUUCCACCAACUGAAAGAAGUUAUAAAAACGAUUACUAUGUCAACCGGCAGUAUUAAGUUAUGAAAAAAAUGUUGCCAGUUGCAGUAAAUUGUAUGAAAGGAUAUUGAUAUGUUAAUUAUUUAACAUUCACACCUUGAGAGCUUUUCUUGUGAACCGUAUUCUGAAUUAAAAGAAGCAAGACCCAUUUAAUAAGUUUUCUUAAUAUGAAAAAGGGAAAAAGGUAAAAUGAGGAAGCUACUAAAAGGUUUUACUAGUAUUCUGUUUUUCCUUAAGAAUUGAUUUUGUAUCGAAUUUUAAAUGAGGGGAAAAAAAAUAAGGAAACAGUCUGUAAUUGUGCACAUCUGGAAACAUGCGAAGUUCAUGACUGUAUCAUGCAGUGCUUGUGAAAUGCAACCGAGCUUUCUUUUUCUUUCUUUUAAUUAAUAUCUUUGGUUAGGUUGCUUGUGAAUUUAGAUUGCUUCUCGACUAAAAAGGCCAAUGGUAAUCGAGCAGAACUUUGGUCAUAUUGGUAACUUAGAGGCUUUAAAACUAGCCACCCAUUUCUCGUCCUUACCAUGGAUUAAAAGAAGUGCGCGUCGGCAUUGUUUCAUGUCUUUUUCUUCUCCGGGAUCCUUUUCUAUUCAUUGGUCUAUGAAGCUAUGUUAAUUACUUUUCCGAGCAAUUCAUAUUUUGCUGUGUCUGGGGUCAUAUGUUAAUCAAUCGCUUUCAUUUCAUGUGAGGCCCAUGUUAUUAGGCCGGUGAACAUCUAGUAAACAACCAAAAUGUAAAUGCGGAUUUUGCUGUUGAGAAAGUCAUUUGCUACUUAUUCCGGGCAGCUUUCGGAGGAUUUCUCGAAUCUUGAACAAGAGAAAUGAGUGGAGUUUGGGAGACAAUAUCUGAGGGAAUAAUGUACCACCCAAGAUCUGAUUGCUGUUGUGCGUUGUUGAGCAACAGAACUCAGCAGUUCCAUGUGGGAAGAGGCAUUAUUGAAAGCUCAAAAGGAAAAUAAAAAUGGUAAAAGGUAUUUUGUUUCAGGUCUUUAUUUGAAUGCUUUGUUCUCCACUUCUCUCGUUUUCCUUUUCCUCUCUUAAUAAUGACUUUUGUACGCACUUGUUAGAAAAAAGGGGUUGCAUUGAACAUAAUUCAAAGACCUUUUUGAAUCUUGUUGUCGAUUGACAUUGUCGUUUUCCCCUUAUGUGCGUGUGGUACAGUAUAAAAUGAUAUUGUAUUAAUUUUCCCGA